CUAGCUAGACUAGUCUGCCAAGGAUUCUCUACUAGCUACUGGUAGCUAGCUAGAUGGUACUUCGAUGCGGUACCGGUCGCCUUGCCAUCAAGUUUCGUUCGACAACUACUGACUGGUCAACCACUAUCACCUUACCAGAUCACCUAAUCAAUCAUCAGUGAUCCUUCCGAAGACCGCUGAGUUACUUGUCUAUCACAAUUUUCAGUUUUCGCAACCGAAAAGGCACAACAAACUUUUUGCAAGUCCCCAGGACGCCUCAUUUUCAUCCAACAGCAAGCUCAUCCAACACAAACCAUGCCGUCUGAAUCUGACCUUGCCGUUGCGACUCGUCGCUCCAUCAAGAAGCUCUUUCCCAUGGGCUCGAUCAUGAGUAGUGGCAUGGAUAAUCCCAUUACGUUGCAUUCUGUGAACCAAGAUGUGUUUGCAAGGAUCUGGUCCUUGAUUGCCGAGACCAUGGUGGUUCAGGUGGAGCUCAGCCGCAGCACCAAGGAAGAGAUUGCUAGCUUGGUGUCGGAGCGAAACUCCUGCCCCGUUUGCAUUGCAGCACACAAUUUCAUGGGUAUCACGGCCAUUGUGGUGGAUCAGAAUGCUCAAAAGAACAGCAAGAAUGUGGACACCAAGAAGAUGAAUGAUAGGCAAAAGCAACACGACCAGGCAAUCCAGUACGCCGAGUUGCUGCUCAGUGAGAUGAAAGCGCAGAAGCGAAUGUGCGGAUUGCAACCCACCCCCACCAAGAAGACGCCCAAACGGUCCUCCAGUUCGGGUUCCGUGGGCUCUGGCAAGUCCAUCGGGUCGGGAAGCGAUGGUUCUUCCAAGAAGAAGAGAAAGAGGAAGAGCCGAAGGUUCACUCACUUGAAUGCUACUGCCAAGGCAGAGAUUGCCUUGGUGGUUAUGCUUUUCGAUCACAUGAACCGUGUCGUCUCAGUCAUCAUGGGCGAAGAAAUGUCUACAGCCAUGUUCAAUGUCCCUCGAUCGCUGGCCAGGGCCAUGGAGGCACCCAGUGCCGUCAAGGCCAUGUCGCGGCUGAUGGCACCCGUGUUCUCGGGUACCUUCAAGGUCAAGCAUCAACCAGGGGUGACUCUGAGUCUCUUCCCCGACGAACAAUCUGCGGGUUCAGCCAAUGCAUCUCUGCUGCCGGAAAACAUUCAAGGAGUUGUUUUGGCCGGUCUCGAACGUGCCAAUGCGGUGGGUCGUCUGGUGGAGUGGGUGACUACCUUUGAAAAGGAGAAACUCAUCAAGACUGACAUCAUGUCCCGUCAUUUGAUUCGAUUCCUGGACAAAAAGGUAGACCUUCCGCAUGGCGGUGUGAACUUUGCCUCGCCGGAAGAGGUGGUCGAAUGGAUGGAAGGAAAGAUGAAGACAGAAGUCACUACCGAAAUCAUGGGAGAUGAGUCGGGGGACGAGUCCAUCUACGGUACCGAACGGUCCAUUGCAAUGGUUCUGCUUCUAUCGUCGUUUGCUCCUCAGACAACUUACGGUAGCAGUCACUGGGAGGACUUGGUCGAACGCGUGGGCGUUUCCAUGGCGCGAUCGAUUGUCAUUUGGUGGUCGCUACGCACCACUUUCAAGGAAUGCAAGGGGCUGGACGACAAGAUUGACCAGAGCAAAAUGGUGGCGCUGUUGACCGGUCUCACACCACAAUAGACACUCUUUCAAGCUAGGAAACGACGAGGAAAAACUAGAGGCUACAUACUACAUACAUGUACACAUAAACGUAACCAUUUUGAUUUCAACUUCCUUC